AUGGCAGACUCAACAGCCCCAAAGCCGAGCAGCAGCGUCAAGCUGGUCCUUCUUGGUGAAGCAGCAUCGUCGCUGGUAUUGCGCUUCGUCAACAAUGACUUUCAAGAGAACAAAGAGCCAACUAUUGGAGCUGCCUUCCUCACACAAAAGUGCAAUCUUCCGACCCGAACUAUCAAAUUCGAGAUCUGGGAUACGGCAGGACAAGAACGCUUUGCUUCCCUUGCUCCUAUGUACUAUCGAAACGCUCAGUCUGCCCUCGUUGUCUACGAUCUCACGAAGCCCACAUCACUCAUCAAGGCGAAGCACUGGGUUGCGGAACUUCAAAGACAGGCAUCACCAGGAAUCGUCAUCGCUUUGGUAGGCAACAAGUUAGACUUGACGAACGAGACGAGCUCAAGUAAUCCUCUGGGCGAAGAUGGAGAUGGAGAGGCCGCUGAGGGAGAAGAUGCCGAUGGAGACGCCAGAAAGAUCUCAACAGCUGAGGCGAAGUCAUAUGCAGAGGAGGAAGGCUUACUCUUCUUCGAGACCAGUGCGAAGUUGGGAACGAAUGUGACCGAAGUCUUCACAGCUAUCGCAAAUGCCAUCCCAGAGACAUCCUUGAAGGGAGCUAGAGGUCCAGGUGCAUCACAAGCAGCAGCCCGAACGGAAGAUCAGUCAAGAGUCAAUUUGACAGGACCAAGAGAUGCCGCAUCGAAGGAAGGCUGUGCUUGUUAAUGUCAUCUGUUAUGUUGUUACGAAGUCGUUUUUCCUUUUCUAUUCUGGUCUUCGGUCCUCGGGGUUUUGCAAGCGGGUUGUUCAAACAUGCGAGACCUACGCAGCCCUCAUGUUGAUACAUUAGCACACUGAAUAUUGAAGAUCGGACAAUCUUCCCAGGGAAUUACCAAGUUCGCUAAAGUUUUCAAUGUGAAGGUGUGAAAUGUCUACCAUUGUCC